CCUCAACGAUUUAGUUGUUUGUCGAGUGGCGUUACGAGAAUGAAUGCCUGGCAGAGUCUGACACGCCGCGUGGCCGUUGCCACUGGCCCCCUGCGAUCAGUAAGAAGCGCCUCAGCACAGACCCAAGUGAAAGUCGAGGAUGUGGAGGGGCGUCCCUUCAGUGAGGUGCCGCGACCCGGCAAGUUACAGUAUAUGCGCAGCUUCAUGCCUGGCGGAGAGUUCAGCGACGCCUCCGUUUAUGAUUACUCGAUGGUCAUGCGGCAGCGGUAUGGUGACAUCUUUGUGCAGCCGGGCAUGUUCGGGCGCAAGGAUAUGGUGGUGACGUACAGCACCAGCGACAUUGCCACAGUGUUCCGUAAUGAGGGAGCGUGGCCCAGGCGCGAGGCAUUCGACUCGAUUGUCUAUUUCCGCGAGCACAUACGACCCGAUGUCUACGGGUAUAGUCUAGGGCUGACCUCGGGGCAGGCAGAAGACUGGGGCAAGAUGCGCUCCGCUGUCAAUCCGAUCUUCAUGCAGCCCAAGGGCCUCCGAAUGUACUUUGAGCCGGUGUCCAACAUCAACAAUGAGUUUAUCGAGCGCAUUAAGGAAAUACGCGAUCCGAGGACUCUGGAGGUGCCCGCCAACUUUUUUGAUGAAUUGCAGCGCCUGAUCUUCGAGUCGCUAAAUCUGGUCGCAUUUGAUCGACAGAUGGGCAUCAUCAGGCGGAACAGAGACAAUCCCGAUGCACUGGCACUUUUCCGCACCUCGCGGGACAUAUUCCGCUACAGCUUCAAGCUGGACAUGCAGCCAUCGAUGUGGAAGCUCGUCUCCACGCCCACCUACCGCAAAAUGAUGCGAACCCUCAACGAGAGUUUGGAUGUGGCGCAGCGUUUCCUCGCCGAGGCGCAGCAAGUGCUGGAGGAGCGUCGCCAGGCCGGCGAGCAGGUGAGUGGCCGCAGCAUGAUGGAGCGGCUGCUGGCCAUCGAUCCCAAGUUGGCGCUCAUCAUGGGCCUGGACAUCCUUUUCGCGGGGGUGGACGCCACAGCCACGCUGCUCUCCGCCGUGCUGCUCACGCUUGCCCUGCAUCCGGCAAAGCAGCAGAAGUUGCGCGAGGAGCUGCUCAAAAUCAUGCCCACAAAGGAGUCGCUGCUCAGCGAGGACACCAUGAAGGACAUGCCCUACCUGCGUGCCGUGAUCAAGGAGACGCUCCGCUACUAUCCCAACGGCCUGGGCACCAUGCGCACCUGCCCCGACAACGUCACCCUCUCCGGCUACAACGUGCCCAAGGGCACGCCCGUCCUGCUCGCCGCCAACGCAAUGAUGAAGGAUCCCGCCUACUAUCCACAGCCCGAGGAGUUCCUGCCCGAGCGCUGGCUACGCGAUCCUCAGUCCGGCAAGAAGCAGCAGGUCAGCCCUCCCUUUACCUUCCUGCCGUUCGGCUUUGGGCCACGCCAGUGCAUCGGCAAGCGGGUGGUGGAUCUCGAGGUGGAGACCAGCGUGGCCAAGCUCAUACGCAACUUCCAAGUGGAGUUUCUGCACGAUGCCAGCAAGCCCUACAAAACACUCUUCGUCAUGGAGCCGGCCAUAGACUUUCGCUUCAAAUUCACAGACCUUCCAGAGUAAGAGGGUUGCACCCCGUGGUGUAAUAACUCAACCACCCAACCCCCCAUUUGUUAGAUAGGAUUGGAGAGAGUAUUUACUGUCAAUAAAUUAAGCCAGCAAACUGAUAA